ACCACCCCCCCAUUGCCCUCUGCCGUUUGACUCCGCGUGACGUGAAGUUUGGCGCUAAAACGGUCCACGGACGCCUCUAAAACUCCCCAAAGCCUCCCUCUGCCUUCUCGUGUUUACCGUUUAUUAUUAACACUUAAACGUUCAGUCGAAGUUCACAGAGAAAUAACACGCGACUGCCCGCGGCCGCGCGUUCCGGGCCGACUUUAUCAUCGUCAGUCCCGCGGCCGAAUUAGGUCGGCGUCUUGUGCCGGGCCCUCUGCUGCCUGUCCCACGUCAACCCCCCGGGCUUGCCUGAAUCUCCCGCCGCGCUUGGGGUCCCGGAUCCCCGGGCCGAGCAUGGAGCCGGCGGCCUGCAAAGGCCGACGUGGCGGUAGGGCGGCCGCGGCUGUCGCCAAGGAAAAUAUCCCCGGCUGGCAGGAUGACGGGCACGCUGAUGUGGAUUUUGUGAAGGAAGGAUCAGCAUUGAGGAUCGAAGCGAAUGGCCUUGCUGAGACCGAGUCACCGUCCAGCCCUACACCAGACCUUGAAUGCGACGAUCAACCCAACCCUGAACAAUGUCUCACAACUUACCAGGUCGUGCGAAUGGGAAGGAGUGAGUUGUGCAACCAUCUGACUCGACUGUCACUUGACACCAGUGGGACCAAGGAAGUGCUACGGCAAAGGCUGAAGAGCUACUGUCAACUUGAGCACCGCAGGAAAGGUUCAGAGGACAGGUCUGCAUGCAGCGAGCGGCCUGCGAUUGUGAGGAGCAUACUACACGCGAGCAAAUUGGAGCCGUGUGCCUUCAACUACAUCUGUGUGAUCGACUUCGAGGCCACUUGCCAGGAGCACAACCCUCGGGACUUCCCACAUGAAAUAAUCGAGUUCCCUGUGGUUCUGCUUAAUACCAGCACUCUGCAGAUUGAGGAUACAUUUCAAGAGUACGUGAAGCCAUUUCUGAAUCCCACACUCUCAAAUUUCUGCACUUCCCUAACGGGGAUAACGCAGGAAACUGUGGACGCUGCCGACUAUUUCCCUGAAGUAAUCGACAGAGUUGUAAAUUGGAUGAGGCAGAAGGGUCUUGGAACAACCUACACUUACGCGAUUCUUACCGAUGGGUCCUGGGAUAUGGCACGGUUUUUAAACAUCCAGUGCCAACUCAGCCAGCUGCCAUACCCACGCUUUGCAAAGAAGUGGAUAAACGUUCGCAAAACCUUUUGCUACUUCUUUAAGUUAUCACGGGAAAAAACGAAGCUCUCGCACAUGCUGGAGUGCUUGGAGCUGCAGCCCGAGGGCCGAGCUCACAGCGGCCUGGAUGACUCCCGGAACAUCGCGCGGGUGGCGGGCAGCCUUCUCAGCAGGGGGUGCUGUCUCCGUCUCAACGAGCGCCUCUCACAGGGCCGCGUGACGGCCGUGCGCGGGGGGGAGACCCUCGCCGCCACCCCCGUGCCCUCCACGCCGCGGCACAAGCACUCGCGCAACUCUCAGUCGCCCAGCCGUCUGAGAAUCUAGCGGCGCCGUCAUUCAUUCCUUUUUGGGGAGAGGGAAAGUGAAACAGAUGGUGCGAAUGAAUGUACGCUUUGACGCGAAAGUUCAUGUGCUGAGUCAUUGAACCAUAUGUCAAAUACGACUAGUUAAUAUAAAUUGCAUUGGUGUGGUGUGCUGGACUGUGCUCUUUUUUUCUUCCAUGUAUGUAUUGAAAAUGUAUUUGUUUUAUAUAAUAGUAACAUGCAAUUUUUUUUAAGUUAAACUGACAUAAUUUGUUUUAUUUUGUAAAUGUGGACUGUAAACAUGUAAAAUUGGGUAAACAGUUGAACUUUGUGAAUUGUACAUUACAAACAUGGUGGGUUGUUGCUGCAUCGUCAAAACGAUGCACCAGUUGUACAACUAACUGGUAAGCCACAUUCAAAUCAAUGCUUGAGCACAGUGAAAUAACCAAUUAAUUUAAAUUUGGAGAUGUUUUCAUACAUUCUGGACCAACAUUUUAUUGGCACAUAAUUUGACUACUAGCACUAAAUGAGUCAUGACGAACAUAAUAUUUUAAACUGACAAAACAAAUUAUGAAAGGCAUUUAUAAAAUUUAGCGAAAGCAUCGGACCAAAACUUUGGUAUUCCUUUUCAAUAAAAUAAAUUCGCAAGAUGAUCAUUGUCAUGCUUGUGUGUACACUGUCAACUCGGGCAAACAUUUUCUAUUUGGCUUUAUAAACACUGAGUGUUUCUGAAUGCCGAUAACAGUAAUUGCGCUAAGUGUGAACACGUGAUUUGGUGAUACUGCUUUGGCAGUGGUGCACAAGCACAAUAAAAAACUUGUCAAUAACAGCUUUGUAAGAAAAAAAAUACACGGGACGUUUCGAGAUAUGGCCCUUAGCACAUUUAUGUGCAAUGAGGAUGGACCAUUGCCCGAAACGUUGCCUGUUGUAUAUUUUCCCUUGUAAGGCAGUGUUAUUGUCGAAUGCACUGUAAGAUCUGCCUGCAUUUGUAACUGGACUCAUUUGACGUGCGCACACGCAAAUUAGACUUGACUGCACACGUUGUGUGCGGGCAGACUGGGGAGUGUGUAAACGGUGCACUUGGCGUUGGCAUUUUAGCACGGUGCACGACUGCCCGCUGCAGGAGACGGGCCGUAAAACAUAAUGUUUCGAGCGGCCGUGGUGGGGGGGGUCAGCGACAUUGUUAUGCCAGAAUUCUGAAGAGCCUCUUUUUUAUUCUUGUCCGCUUGAAUUCUACAUGCUGGGGGCACCUGCGCCUGCUUGGAAUUUUAAGGCGACGCCAAGAAGAUUAUGGCCAGUUCACGAGUACCGUUCGUGGUGUUGAGACUCAGUGGAGAGAAUGCCUCGACAUCUCUGCCAAAAUUGCGUUCAUUCCAUCGCGCUCGGCAGUACGGAGCACUCGUUAUCGGCCCUGAUUAGAGAGACCUCACUGCUGUUGACACCGGGGUCACACAGGGAAUUCAAGCUGCCGCUGCAUGUACAAACGCAAUGUAUGCGUACGAUUUUCUGUAUUCUUAAAGGAGAUUGUGAUGGUUGGGACACGUUUGCAGCACAUUUUGCCAAGGUAGAGUGGUACCCAGGGGUUGGCAAUUG